UCCUGGUUUAUUCACACAAAGAGAGAAGUCUCAGUAGAAUCUACACUAGCAGAUCCAUUUCUCUUCCCCAUUGCUGCCUCCUUUCUUCGAUAAAACCUAACCCUAGUUCUCUCCCUAUUUGGGAAUUUCAUUUCCUCGAUCCGAAAUGGCCACUGAAGAACCAGUUAUCGCUAAUGAGGUUGCUGAUGAAUUAGCCGCUCCUGAAGAGGUUAAGGAGGAGGAAAACCCUCCGGCCAAGUCUGGAAAAGCAAAGAAAGAGAUCAAGGCGAAAAAACCUGCUGCACCGAGGAAGAAAAGUGCCCCUUCUGCUCAUCCUCCAUACUUUGAGAUGAUUAAGGAUGCGAUUGUGACAUUGAAGGAGAGAACUGGAUCCAGCCAGUACGCUAUUACCAAGUUCAUUGAGGAAAAGCAGAAAAAUCUUCCACCGAAUUUCAAAAAACUGUUGCUUAACCAAUUGAAGAAGUUUGUUGCUUCUGAGAAGCUGGUGAAAGUUAAGAGCUCCUACAAGCUUCCAUCGGCUGCUAGGACUGCUGGUGCUACUGCCCCGGCGAAGAAGAAGUCUGCUGCCGCUGCUAAGCCUAAAGCAGCAAAGUCAAAACCCGCUGCUAAGGCUAAGCCCAAGUCCAAGCCUGCUGCCAAACCUAAAGCCGUCGUCAAGCCGAAGGCCAAGCCUGCUGCCAAGGCCAAACCCGCUGCCAAGGCCAAGCCCGCUGCCAAGGCCAAACCUGCUGCCAAGGCCAAGCCAGCUGCUAAGGCCAAGCCCAAAGCGGCUGUUACCAAGCCCAAAGCUGCUGCUGCAAAGCCUAAGGCUGCUCCUGCGAAAGCAAAGGCUGCGGCUAAGCCAAAGCCAAAGGAGAAGACGCCAGCUAAGGUUGCAAGGACGGCUACCAGAACGACUCCAAGUCGGAAAGCUGCACCAAAGGCAGCACCUGCCAAAAAGGAACCGGCAAAGAAGGCACCUGCUAAGAGCGUGAAGUCGCCGGUGAAGAAGGCUGCCACAAGGAGGGGAAGGAAGUAGAAGAGCAGGGAUAGAGGAUUUGUGUGUAGGGGUAGUCCUGUAAAUUCCCUGAAUCUUGUUGGUUGAUUUGGGUUUUUUUGCCCAUGGGAAGCUAUAGAAAUCUGGUUUAUUUUUCUCCUUUCUUGGCCCUUGUUUACAGUGUUUAGAUUUUUUUUUUCUUUUUAAUUCCGUGUUAGGGAUUUGGAACAGUUCUGCUCUGUACUGAUAUAUCAUUCUGUUUAUGAGAAAUUAGAGUUUAUGCCCUUA